UAACAAGAGGCAUAUUUAAACAUUAAAUUUCAAAAAGUAUGCUUCAUCCGCAGGUUUUUUGACAAUUCUGUGUUCUUACUUCAGCAAUAACUACAAAUCGACUGUAAUUUGGAUGUCUGACUUUCCUACCUUUACCUACGAAGGUUUAUGAGAAAUCCUACUGCUCGAAGCCCUUCCACUUUACAUUUUCAGUGUAUUUUUGUAGUAAUAACUCCAAUACAGAAUCCCUAGCAGAUGAUAGGUAGUCACAAUGUUGAACGGCAUGGUUCAGAAACUUGGCGCGUUACGAAAAGCAUUUCCAACAAACUACAGACGUUCAUCAACAGAUGCCAUCUACGCUCACUCGACACUGAAGAUCAGAUAACCAGAAAGAAUGACCAACAAGGAACUCUGGGUAGCAACGAACCAACCAGGAACCCAUCGCCCAAUAAAUAUGCAGAAAGUGGAGACGGAUUGGAUCGGGCAUACACUGAGAAGACCAUUCGGGGACAUCAUGCGCCAGGCCCUCGAAUGGAAUCCAAAGGGGAAACGAUGAAUUAGGCGCCCGAGGGUGACAUGGA